AUGUGCACGCUUAGGAGUGUGAGGAGGGAGGGAGGCUUCCUUGGGGAGGGCACUGUGGUCUCCCCCUCAGGUUUAUCCGACCCGGUCCCUGUGCUGAGCAAACUGAGGUUCCAGAGAGAGAAGGUUGCCAGCCAGAGGGCAGGAUGGAAAAUGCUCCUCCUCCUCACACUGUGCCUGCUACAAGCUGCCACCUGGGACCUCAGCAGGGCCGUAGCAGUGGGGGCAGGGGAGGCGGGAGGGCAGGCAGCUCUGGCUUGGGGGACGGCCUGGAGCUCUCUGGCCUGGCAGGGGUUUCGAGCUGGCUCUUUGCCUCUUCCUCUUGUGGACCCUCGGACAGCCCCCCCCGGUGACCCACCCCCUCCCUUUGCUGCAGGUUCUUCUUUGUCCCCUCCACACAGAGGACCCCAUCUCAGAUGGCUGCUGGAUGGCUCUCUUCCCUCCAGAACCCACCUCUGGGCCGUUGAAACACCUUCGUCACGCCUGUGCUGGCGGGAGAGUUCCUUAGCAGUUGCAAAUGCAUUGAGGGGCCCGAGGCUGGUGUCUGGGAAGCUCGGGGGAGCCGUCACCAUCCAGUGCCGUUAUGCCCCCUCCCUGGUCAACAGGCGCCAGAGGAAGUACUGGUGCCGCCUGGGCCCCCCCAGGUGGAUCUGCCGCACCAUCGUGUCCAGCACCCACUACACUCACCACCUCUAUCACGGCCGUGUGGCUCUCGCGGACUUUCCACACAGAGGCUUCUUUGUGGUCCGGCUGUCCCAGCUGUCCCUGGAUGAUGUGGGAUGCUACCACUGCGGCAUUGGAGACGAAAGUACCAUGGUGUUCUUCAGCAUGAAUCUGACCGUCUCUGCAGGUCCUUCCAGCACCUUCCCCACGGCCACUGCAGCUACUGGGGUGCUCACCCCGACAUCCUUUGGAACAGCAUCUCCAGCAGCCAACAGAUGGACCCCAGGACCCACCCAGACCACAGAAGGACAAGGGACAGAAUGGGACAGGGUUGCUCCAACUCCAGGAGCCAGCACAGCCACAGCUUCAGCUAAGGGAAGACACACCCCAGGAACAACUGGGACCGCAGCUGCAGGGACAGGCAUCUGGGUGGAGGCUUCUGUCAAGGCAACAGUUCCCGUUCCAGAGAGUCCAACUUCAAAAACCAGCGGCGUGUCCAACACAACAGAAGGUGUUUGGAUGUGGGGCACCAGAAGCUCAAUGACAAACAGGGCUAUUGUCAGCAAGGACAGGAGGGAGAGGACAACCACCCAGGCCGACAGGCCAAGGGUGGAAACAGAGAGGGCGGGGAUACCUGUGGAUGCAGCCAGGAAGGUCAUAGGAACCACUGGGCCAUCAGCCCUGGUCUCAGAAAAUCUGCCCUGGGAAACCCUCCAAGAAGCAACACCGGUUGCUAAGCAACAAUUCCUGGGCUCCAUUGAAGGAACAACCCCAGCUGCAGGAGUGUGGACCUUGGGAAUCACCAGCACAGAGACUGCAUCUGUGGAGGGAAGCACAGAAGGGGACCCAGACACUGCGGCUGGAGACAGUGGUCCCCAAGCAACGCCGAGCCAGGCCCCAGCAGCAGGUCCCCUGAGACCCCCCGGCAAAGAGUCAUCCGUGAAGAGUGCUUUUCCAGAAAAGAGCAGCGCUCGCAUCCUCACUCCAGUCUCUACCAUGCUGGCCCCGUUCAUGCUUGCGGCUCUGGUUCUGUUGCAAAGGAAGCUCCGGAGAAGGACGACCUCUCAGGAGGCAGAAAGCCCACCAGGGGUCACCCUGAUUCAGAUGACACAUUUCCUGGAGCCAAGUCUCCAACCAGACCAGCUGCCCCCCGUGGAAAGGAAGAUGCUCCAGGAUGACUCUCCUCCUGCCCAAGCCAGCCUGACUGUCCCAGAGAAGGACCCGGGGCCCCAAGAAAUGGAAAGAUAAACCACUCGGUCACCAUGGAAGGAGGACCAUGCCCAAAGACCUCCAAGACCCCAGCCUCUUCUCAGCAUCCUUCCUCCACCUGCGUGAAGAGGAGCUGAUGCAGCUGGAGCUCCACCCAGGGAGGCAAAGCUGACCAUCCGUGGGCCCAAGACGCUCAAGCAUUGUCCAUGGCCAAAGGUGACAGUAUGACUUGAAGAAGGCUUCAGGAAGAGGUCACCUAGGCAAAGUGUGGAAUUUCCGUUUCUGGAUGUUUGAAAAUAGAAAAGGUUUCCAAUCAGUGUGGACAAUGACAAAUUCUCUAUCACCACUGCCAGCCUUUGCUGGGCACCCCCCUUUCUGACAUGUUAGUACUCAGCCUGCUGCUCACAUGUCAUAU